GCAACAGCAGCAGCUCCUCAGCACUGAAGCAGCUCCGAGCUCAUUCCCCGGUCCCUCUGCUGGGGAGGAAACUCUGGUCUGUCAGCCCAACAGAGGGAAAGGGGGGAGAGGAGAGAGGAGAGAAAAAAAAGCAGCUGGAAAGACAAUCUACUUCAUCUUGACUCAUCAUCAUUCCAAGAUAGUGGCAUCUCUGGGGCUCUCUGCUAAUGUUAAUAUGGUACAGAAGAUUUAAAAUUAGCUGAUGUUCACAAGAAAAAGAGUCACGUGAUGUAUGAAGGCAAACAUAUACACUUUUCUGAGGUUGACAAUAAGCCGUUGUGCUCCUACAGCCCCAAACUGUGUAAGCAGAGGCGACUAAAUGGCUACGCCUUCUGUAUCAGGCAUGUUCUGGAGGAUAAGACCGCCCCAUUCAAGCAAUGUGAAUAUGUGGCGAAAUACAAUAGCCAACGCUGCACCAACCCCAUCCCUAAAUCUGAGGACCGUAGGUAUUGCAACAGUCACCUACAAGUUCUUGGCUUUUUACCGAAAAAGGAGAGGAAGAAAAAGAACGAUCCAACAGAAGAGGUAAAAGUUCGGCACCAGAUGGAUUCAAUAGCCUUCAGCCUGACGGUUCCUCCACUGGCCUUGAAGAUGCCUAAUGGCCUGGAUGGGAUGUCCCUCUCUCCACCAGGGGCCCGGCUUCCUCUCCACUACUUGGAAGCAGAAUUGGAAGACCCCUUUGCUUUCAAUGAGGAAGAUGAAGAUCUCAAGAAAGGGACAGCUGUGAAGAAAAAGUUGCAGGGUAAAUUAGCCCAAAACCAUCAACGCCAGAGAGAAACUGAGAUUCUGAAAGUUCGCCAAGAGCACUUUAGCCCCCUUCCUGCACCUUUGCAGCAGCAGCAGCAGCCGCCGCCUUUGCAACCACAGCAACAUGCCCAUCUCUCACCUAUACCAACGUCUUUAAAGCCAGCAGUGCUCCCACAGGGCUUAGUCUGCAAGUCACCUCAACCUCAGAAUACCAGCCUACCAAUGCAGGGAGUGGCACCCACCACACAUUCUAUAGCACAAGCUAGGCAGUCCAACAAAAGACCUCUGCCUCUCUUGCACCCUACUAAAGUUCAUGCCCCAGACCCACCCAGGGCUGACAGGAUCCUAAUGAAAGCCACAGUCUUCUCCCCAUACUCAUUCUGUAGGAGCCGGUUACAGAGACUGGUGAAACUGUGCACUCAAAAACAGCAGCUGGAUGCUGAUCUCUUUCCACAUUUAGGGUUGGACUGGUCUGAAGACAGUGGAGAAGAACUGGAAGAAUUAGACCAAACCUCACCAUACCAGGUUGCGUGGUCUAUCCGGGAAGCCCUCAGAUAUGAAAGGAAUGAGCCAGAUGGUGAUUAUGCCAGCGGCAGGAGAACCCGCAUUUCCCAACUUUGCACUUACUUUCAGCAGAAAUACAAGCACCUCUGCCGCCUGGAGCGGGCAGAAUCUCAACAAAGGAAAUGCCAACAUACUUUCCAGAAAGCAUUGCUGCGGGCAGCAAACAGAGAACCAGAAUGUGCUGGGCAGUUGAUACAAGAACUUCGUAGAGCUUCUUGUAGUCGGACCAGCCCAAGCCAAGUAAAGCAGAGGGAUGCAUCACCAUGCAGUGGAACCACAAAGGGUGAACCAUGCACUAACAAGGCUCUUCCAUUCACUAAACAUUGUUUUCAACAUAUCCUCUUGAACCGAUCACAGCAGCUUUUUUCAAGUUGUACAGCUAAAUUUGCUGAUGGACAGCAAUGCUCCGUGCCCGUUUUUGACAUUACACACCAGACCCCCUUGUGUGAAGAACAUGCCAAAAAAAUGGAUAACUUCUUGAGAGGAGACAGCUGUCGUAAAGUUCAACACCAGCAGCAGAGGAAACCCAGGAAAAAAACAAAGCCCCCGGCGCUUACCAAAAAACACAAGAAAAAGAGAAGGCGAGGGCCACGACGCCCUCAAAAGCCAAUUCCUCCUGCUGUGCCCCAAGGAAACCUUAUUAUGCCCACCAGCAUCUCACUGCCAAUGGAGAUAGCUCAUAUACGGAGCCCCUCCACCCCUGAGCUGAGUACGGAUGAGCUGCCAGAUGACAUUGCCAAUGAAAUCACAGACAUUCCGCAUGACUUGGAAUUGAAUCAGGAGGACUUCUCCGAUGUCCUGCCCCGGCUGCCUGAUGACUUGCAAGAUUUUGAUUUCUUUGAAGGUAAAAAUGGAGACCUCCUCCCUACCACCGAAGAGGCAGAAGAACUGGAACGAGCCCUGCAGGCUGUAACUUCUCUUGAGUGCCUGAGUACUAUUGGAGUGCUCACUCAAACAGAUGGUGUACCAGUUCAGGAACUAUCAGACAGAGGAAUAGGGGUGUUUUCCCCAGGUGCUGAAACUUCAGGAAUUCAAUCUCUGAGCCGAGAAGUCAAUGCAGAUCUAGGUGAGCUGCUGAAUGGGCGCAUAGUACAUGAUGACAAUUUCUCUAGCCUGGAUCUUGAUGAGAGCUUGCUCCGUUCUGCUACCUUAUCCAACCCAUCUACGCCCCUGGCAGGGCAGAUUCAGGGGCAAUUCUCUGCCCCAGCCAACGUUGGCCUUACUUCGGCUACUCUGAUAAGCCAGAGUGCACUUGGGGAGAGAGCCUUCCCAGGACAGUUUCAAGGACUUCACGAUGGCAGCCAUGCCUCCCAGAGGCCACACCCUGCCCAGCUGCUAAGCAAGGCAGAUGACCUAAUCACCUCACGACAGCAAUACAGCAGUGACCAUUCACACUCCUCACCCCAUGGAAGCCAUUAUGACAGUGAGCAUGUGCCAUCACCCUACAGUGACCAUAUAAAGUCCCCUAGUUCCACCUCCUAUUCUAGCAACAAUUUGGCAGCUACUUUCUCUACUGAGAUGCCCAUCAUAGCACAGCAUCUGCUCCCAUCGCAACUGGAGGUGCCACUUAGUGGGGUGGUGAAUCCCAGAACUCACUGGGGGAGUCUCCCUGUAAACCUUGGUGACCAUUCUCCAUUUAGUAACCUGCUUGGUGCAGAUGGACACCUUCUUUCCACCUCCCUGUCUACACCACCUACUACAUCGCACUCAGAGACCACCCAGCCUGCCUUCGCCACCGUGACCCCCAACAGCUCCAGCGUGCUUCCGGGGUUACCACAGACCAGUUUCAGUGGCAUGGGUGCUGCAUCUUCUGAACUCAUGGCCUCCACUUCUCCUAAGCAGCAGCUCCCACAGUUCAGUGCAGCCUUUGGCCACCAACUAAGCUCCCACAGUGGCAUUCCCAAGGACCUGCAGCCCAGCCACAGUUCCAUAGCUCCUCCGACUGGCUUUGCAGUAACAGGUGCCACAGCUACAAGUACCAAUAAUGCAUCAGCUCCCUUUACCACCUCCAGCUGAGCUUGUCUGCCUGUGAAUGGCAGGCGGUUUGGGUACCUUGUGUAACCACCACUGCAUCCACCACCACCUUCUCUCUUCCUGGUUUUUGUCAUCCCCUUCUUUUUAAAGACUUUUUUUUAAAAUAUAAAACAAAAAAGAGGGGCUAAUGUCCUGAUUCAGUACAGACCAGGGUUUUCCUGCUAAGCUCUGCUCUAAUUAUCCUAUGUGCUGUUUAUGUAUUGGUGCUCAUUUAUUUCUGGCAGGUUGCUAGACUUAUCCAGUUAAUAUCCAGUUAGGGAAUACAGCACAGAUACUGGAUGUAAUAGAUUUUAGUCAAAGAAAGGAGAGAUGGAUGUAAUUGACCUUAGAAUCAGAAAUGAGAAGAUACCUCAAAUAAAACAAAUGCAAGUUCCUAAGGUUCAGAUUGGACUUUCCGUCCCAUUAGCAUCUGGGGAGGAGGUGGGAGUUGAAAGUCAGCCUUUUUGAUUUGGUAACUGGGCACUAUAGAAUUAAGCCAAGACCAUAAUCCAGUUGUUAAUUCUGUCAGCUUAACAAGUGGGCUCUUGACCUCUUCUGUGAAUUUAGAGGUGUGUUUGUGUGUGUAAGUAUAUUGAUGGAUAAAUGGCAAUUCUUUCCUUUCUUGUCUUGAAGAAGCCUCCUCAAGCCAGUGACUGUUCCUACUGCAAGGUGUGUGUGUGUGUGUGUGUGUGUGUGUGUAAUUGAGUCUAUCAAAUAGAAGGAAGAUUGGUUGAGUAAGUCAGAUUGUACUUUUCUUGUUAAAAAUUUUUCCAAUUCUUCUCAUAAACCAGCUGAAGUACUAAGGAUCUGUUUUGUUCUGUUGUGUUUUGUUUCAGUCAAACCAAUAUACAUUAGAACUGAUGGAAUGAUUUUGCAUAAUAAUCGCCAGUUCCAGAUAUUUGAGGCCCCUUAAAUUUCCUACAGCAGUAGAGAGCCUUCAAUGUACUCCAUAAUAUUUUAGAAAAUGUAGGUGUAUUUUGGGAAAUCAGGUGUGGGAAAGAACCAACAUUCUACUCUGCUGAAGUUUUAAAAAAAUUACACAAGGCAUCCUUUCGCUUUUUAUCAUUGCUUUCACUAAUAAGUUGGAUUUUUUUAAGGUCAGGUAUUCUGUUUGUGUGUGUUUCAUGCUCUUAAUGCUGAAGAGAUGCAACUAUCCAAUUGUAAGGAGUUUGCCAGCAUAAGGGCUGCCUUCUCCGUGAAAUACUAUUUAUCAAUCACAUUCAUUAUCAUACCUGCUUCUACCCCACCCCCAUCAACACUUUGUACUUGUGAUUUUGGUUCUUCAAAGAAUGAAAAUAGAUUAUGCAUUUUACUUGUCAUGAAGUCAGUUUCUUUUCAGUGAAAAUAAUCCUUUAUAUCUGUAGUUCCUCCCCACCUCCAUUGGGUGGACAUGGAAAGAAUGGCAAGCCAUUCUUAAGAACAGCCUUCAUUAUACGUUCCGGCAGAAGGUUUGAACUGUACAUAAUUGCAUCUAAUUUUAUAAUAUAUUUUAAAAAAAUUGAAGAGAAAGUACACUUUAGUAUGUUGUUUUUAUUGGUUUUAAAUUAGGAACAGAAGCUCUGAUUUUCCUUUGAGAGUGAAUCAGUUAUUUCCUACAAUAGAUUUUGAAUCCACGUAAAAUGGUGCUCUUGUGUAAAAUCUGACACAGGUCCUUCUGCUCUCAAACUUUUUGAGGAAAGAGUUUUCCAGGAAUUGCCUGUUGAUUAUUAGGAUUAUUGCCUUCUUU